AUGGUUAGAACUCUUGUCACCGAUCAUUUAUCAUUGCUAGCUCAGGCAGUUUCGGGAGCGGUUUUGGUAGUUGUUUUGGGUAUGACGUUAUCACGGCGACUUGGGCUUGUAGCUAUUUCUUUGCAACCAUUUAUCAAUGGUGCCUUCCAUAUGAAAGCAAUAACAAUGCGAACCAUGUCUAAGAAAAUACAGAAACCACAGAAAAAGAGCAGUCAAUUAGCAAGUGAAGCAGUUGCGAACCAAAGAAUUGUUACAGCAUUCUACUCCCAGAAAAAAGUUCUGAAAUUGUUUGAGCUUGCACAGAUUAGCUCCAAGAAAGGAAGCCAAAAGCAAUCUUGGCAUGCAGGAUUCGGAUUGUUUAUCGCACAGUUCCUUAGUGCUGCAAAUGCUGCUCUAAUGUUCUGGAGGAUUAUAGCAGAGCCAGGAAGCAUGACAGCAGAUCUAUCAAAAGGCACCAGUGCAUUGAAGUCGGUUUUUAGGAUUCUGAAAAGAGAGAGCAAAAUGAACUCUUAUUGUGAAGAUGGAAUCAAUCCAGAAAAGAUAAGAGGAGAUAUAGAGUUUAGGGAGGUUCAUUUCUUCUACCCAACAAGAGCAGUACAAAUGAUUUUGAAGGGAUUAAACCUGAAAAUAGAUGCUGGAAAUGUUGUUGCUGUAGUUGGCCAAAGUGGGUCUGGAAAAUCAACCAUUAUCAGAUUGAUUGAGAGAUUCUAUGACACAUCAAAUGGUUUAGUGGAAAUCGAUGGAAUUGACAUCAAAUGCUAUAAUCUAAGGACUUUGAGGUCACACAUGGCGUUGGUAAUGAUUGUCAGCUUUCAGACUGAAAUAUUGUCUAAGUUCCUGUGUUGA